AUGUUGCAGAUGGUCACUACGCUAGAAUGUGUAGGACUGCAUGUCUUAACUACCCCUCGGAGAAUGAUCAUGAUAGCAAAUACUAGUGCACCUACCCAAGAGCAACGUGCUGGUAGACGGAAGUCCAGAGACAAAAUUCGUUUAGAAAAAUACACUGAAAGCAAAUCUCACCACCACGAACUGCCUUUUUAUAAUCUGCGAAAUACUGUGUUCCAUGAGACCAUAAACAUACAUCAAAGACUUAAAACGGAACCUCAGCAAAUACGUGCUAAAUUACAAGAGAUGGAAGUAAUGUAUGCUGACGCAGUUAAUCUGAUUAUUAACAAAGAUGAAAACUUUGAUCAACUACCAACGAAACACCUGCUUAAACCAUCAAAUUACAAUACUCCUGAAGAUGAAGUAACGAUUUCAAAGUUGCAACAUGAGAUAAAGGGAAUAUAUCUGUAUUCCAUUAUACUCAAUGCUUUUAAACCAGGUGACAGCUAUAAGACAAUAACACACGAACUUGGUAGAACCCCAGAUUUUGUUGUUGUACAGCUGAAAAUGACCAAUGGCUAUGUUUCUGAGGCAACAGGUGUGACAUUCAGUUCACAAUCGUUUCACCAUCAAACUGUAUGUGGGACUGUUUUUGCCUUCAAUGACCAAGAAAUCCGUCUGUGGUCCAUGUCUGGAACUUCAAGCACGCCUUGCAAUGGUACGGAAAGAUGUUCACCUGAUUGGCCAAGGAGCAGAUGCAUUUCUACAGAUUGUCCAAUCCCUCCUGACAUUGGCAAUGCUUAUAAACUAUACGAAGGAUUAACUAAUGGAAGCAAAGCAUUGUACUCUUGUAAGACUGGAUACACUGAAAGUUCUGAUGACGUUAUAAUUAACUGUGUUGACGGUACAUGGUCUAUGACUUCAAUGUUCUGUAAAGCUGUUUGCACAUCACCUCCAGCAAUUGAAAAUGCGGCAGUUUUUGUUCAGGACAAUAGAGCAAAAUAUUACUGCUUAACGGGAUAUUUCGCCAUUGAAAAUACAGUUGACAUUAUUGAAUGCAGCAACAGAAUCUGGCCGUCACCUGAUUUUAAAUGUAUAAAAUCCUGUCCCGAUCCUCCAUCCAUUACUAAUGCUAACGUCAUGGUCUCUAACAAUGUUGCUUUGUAUUCCUGUCUUGAGGGGUUUCUUCCAAAAUCUGGAACCAGCUCAAUAAAAUGCUUACUAUCUGAGUGGCAAACAACAAAUUUCAGUUGCUAUGCUGUUUGCUCAUCACCUCCAGCAAUCGAAAAUGCAGCAGUUUUUGUUCAGGACAAUAGAGCAAAAUAUUACUGCUUAACGGGAUAUUUCGCCAUUGAAAAUACAGUUGACAUUAUUGAAUGCAGAAACAGAAUCUGGCCGUCACCUGAUUUUAAAUGUAUAAAAUCCUGUCCUGAUCCACCAUCCAUUGCUAAUGCUAACGUCAUGGUCUCUAACAAUGUUGCUUUGUAUUCCUGUCAUGAGGGGUUUCUUCCAAAAUCUGGAACCAGCUCAAUAAAAUGCUUACAAUCUGAGUGGCAAACAACAAAUUUCAGUUGCUAUGCUGUUUGCUCAUCACCUCCAGCAAUCGAAAAUGCAGCAGUUUUUGUUCAGGGCAAUAGAGCAAAAUAUUGCUGCUUAACGGGAUAUUUCGCCAUUGAAAAUACAGUUGACAUUAUUGAAUGCAGCAACAGAAUCUGGCCGUCACCUGAUUUUAAAUGUUUAAAAUCCUGUCCUGAUCCACCAUCCAUUGCUAAUGCUAACGUCAUGGUCUCUAACAAUGUUGCUUUGUAUUCCUGUCAUGAGGGGUUUCUUCCAAAAUCUGGAACCAGCUCAAUAAAAUGCUUACAAUCUGAGUGGCAAACAACAAAUUUCAGUUGCUAUGCGUCAUCUUGUGGCCCAUUGCCUAACAUAACAAAUGCUGAUUUCUUAGUUGAUAAUGAUGUGGCUAUGUAUGCAUGUCGCUAUGGAUUCAGGCCAACAAAUUCGGACAAUAAAGUAACAUGUGUGUCUGGGGAGUGGACCUAUACCAGUCUGAAGUGCCAAGAUACAUCAAACAGACAAAGAAGCUAUGUCACCAAUGAAACGCUUGAAGAAUGGAUAAAAAAGAUGAAGGAGGAUCUAUACGUAAAUAAGUCAAAAACCAGUGUCUAUAACAGAAGUUUGAUAAGUGUGUAUGAAUCUCGUCCGAGUGCUGUACAGUUAGGAAGUGUUGGGGUCUUUCUGAUAAGUUUUAUGAUAACAGCUUUAAUAUUACCAGAUAUAAUUGCCCUUGUCAAAAAAGUGUGUCAUAAAUUAAAUAAGACUUUCUGUUAUCGUCGGAUAAAUCAAUGA